AUGGCGACACCGUUCCAGGUCGAGGCUUGGACCGAGUAUGCCAUCGGCCUGCUCGUGCUCCUCGUUCGCAUUGUCUACAGGUCGACUAUUGUCGGGACCAAUUGGGAGGGCGAUGACUACUUUGCACUGAUUGCAGUGUUUUUCUGGACGGGAGAACUGGUGAUGCUAGAGUUGAUCGGACAAUACGGCAGCAUCACUGGAAUGACCGAUGAGAUCGCCUUGACGCUCUCCGACAAGCAAAUCGAAAGAAUAGUCGUUGGCUCCAAAUGCCUGCUGGCAGGAUGGAUUCUAUACGUUACCCUCAUCUGGUGCUUGAAGGCAUGCAUGCUCUUCUUGUACCGCAGACUCACGCUAAACUUGACGCAAAAGAGAAUGGUUUACAUCACCGCUUGCACCUGCGUUGUUCUCUACAUCGUCACCAUCAUUGUGAUCUUGACGAGAUGCCAGCCGUUCCAUGCGAAUUGGCAGGUGUAUCCCUAUCCAGGUGACGCCUGCGCACUGAAUAUUCCCAACUACAUUGCUCUUGCAAUUACGAACGUCACAACGGACAUGAUGAUUUUGUACAUUCCACUACCGCUAUUGUGGUCUGUUCAGAUGCCAAUGGCACGCAAAAUCAUCUGCUCCCUCUGGCUCUGCACGGGUAUCUUCAUCAUCAUUGCCACGCUGCUUCGCUGCAUUCUUUGCCUGCAGGAUGCACAGUCCAUCAACCUGGGCACCAUCUGGUCAAUCAGAGAAACAUUCGUCGGCAUCCUAGCUGUCAACGCCCCGGUCUUGGGUCCCUGGAUCGCCAAAAACGCCUCAGCGGUGCGUUCCCGCACCUCCAAGAACCGCUCAAAGACGGGCGGCCAGGAGUCCGCCAACCACAUCGUCACGAUUGGCGCGAAGGAGAGCACCCACCGCCUGGACCGCCUUACGAAAGACGGCCGCCGGGGUCUGGGGUGGACUGAAAUUGACAACGACAGCGAGGAGCGCAUCAUGAAGACGCAGAACGAUGUUGCUGUCUCGGCGAAGCGUUCGGACGAGGAGCUCAACCGCGAGGUCAGUCCCAACGGUAUCCAUGUCAAGACGACCUUCCAAGUUUCUGGAUGA